AAAGAACACACAAUUCGAUGACGUAUUACACAAGCAGAUUUGAUUGAUGAAACAUCAGCAAUGUGAAAGUGGAUGAUCCAUCACAAACACUGGAAAAAGAUCUGUAAUUACCAUGGCAACGAAAAACAAUAUGACAAAUAUAUGCUGCUUAGCAACCAUCGUUUUGUUGCUAACAACUUGUGUAACAAGUCAACCAGCUGAACCCAAUCCAAGCAAUGAUAACAACAAUGUCACAGAUACUGCAUCAGCUGAGUCCUCCAGUGUGGGUACAACUACAAAACUCAGCACAACAGAAGGGCCAACUCCAAGUACUACCAAAGUUGUCAUGGCAACAACUACAAUGAAGACAACUGUAAAACAGCAAGCGAGUACAACAGUGCAAUUACCCAGUGCAACAGCUCCUGCGAGUCAGGGACAAGCUAGUACAACAAAACAAGAGUUACCUUCCACUAUUCCAAGCUCAAGCAAUAUUUCAAAUACACUACUGAACGUGACAUCAACAACUACAACAACAACAGCGGCAACAGCAAAAGGAGAUAAUGCAACUAAGCCUGAUAUCACUUCAGCGAGUGAUUCAAAUGCAGUUGGAGUAAAAUCAUUUUGGGAAAAGUUCAUUUGGAAGGACCAUCGUUACAUGAUGAGUAUAGUGAUUCCAAUAGCUGCGGGAAUAACGGGAGCAUUGAUUAUUGUGUGUUUCAUCUUCUCCCUGAAGUCUUGUCGCAAGAGGCGGAGAUUGAGACGACGUCCGAAAAUGAAGGAUCAAGAGAAGAAGAGAAGCGAUCGUGUGAUGCUAUUGGCUGAUAGCUCAGAGGAUGAUUUCUAACCUAGUUGAUAACUCCCUAACUAAGAGGAUGACUUCUAACUUAGAGGAUGACUUCUAACUUUGAGGAUGACUUCUAACUUAAGAGGAUGACUUCUAACUUCGAAGAUGACUUCUAACUUUGAGGAUGACUUCUAACUUAGAGGAUGACUUCUAACUUAGAGGAUGACUUCUGAUUUAGAGGAUGACUUCUAACUUAGAGGAUGACUUCUUACUUUGAGGAUGACUUCUAACUUAAGAGGAUGACUUCUAACUUAGAAGAUGACUUUUAAAUUAAGAGGAUGAUAUCUAGAGAGGGUAACUUCUAAAUUAUAGUGAUUAAGUAGUGAAAUGUGCCUUAUAUAUAACAGUCAAAAAAUUGAUCUAGUGGAAUUUCAGGACAGUGACUUUUGUCCC